UUGAUUUGGGCUUGUACCAGCACAGUGACAUGGCUGUUGCUUCUGGCAUCACAAACCUAUACUCAAGUGGUUUCUGCAGCCACGGCAGAACGGCACCCGAGGAUGAGCCAGAUCGAACCGACAUUUAGUCCGGAGCAAACACAAUGCAUUCAUUCAUUAUUGUCAGAUCAAUAUCGGAUCCCACCGACCGCAUUCACCGCCACCAGCGAUCUUGGCGAGUCCGGUGGUGCAAGACGUUACACUGCCGAGAACCUGAGAUCGGAGAAAACCGAACGGGCUUGGUGUCCGAAUCGACGUGUGGGGACGGAGUUAACCGAAUUCGUGCAAGUCGAUAUGGGCGAAAUGAAUGCAAUCACGAAAAUGGUUAUCAGCGGAUUGCAUGCGGAAGAGGGGGUGAGUUUGACGCGCGUCUGCCAAUCUACAAUUAACCUCUUGUCAAGUUGCGCUUGUUUGGCUGCGCCGGUGUGUCUUCUAACGAAAGCAGUCAGUUUUAUUCCAAUUAGUGCAUACUACUUCCGUCACAUUUUAUUUUAUUCAACGAAAAAGUUUCAAGGAAUUCAGCUCCAUCGAUUCGCUUGA